GUUUGGGAGUUAUUCCGUCGUCUGCUGCUCAACACGUUGUUAUUUCUGAAAAGUUCAUUCCUUCGUUGCAAUUUAAGAUUAAAGAUUUGAAGCUAUCGAAACAAAAUGGAAGAAACGACACCAAAUAAUAUUUCAAAAGAUAAAAUAGCUGAAACAGCCUUGGUCUCACGAGCAAAUCCCGACCGAAAAGUGUAUGGUGCGACGGCAGGAAAAAUCAGGGUUAUGAACCAGAUUCCAGAUGACAUACUGAACGAUAAAAAAUUAGCAGCAGCAAUAGAACUUCUUCCAAGUAAUUAUUCCUUUGAAAUUCAUAAAACGGUGUGGAGAAUCCGCCAAGUUGGGGCUAAAAGAGUAGCUUUGCAAAUGCCAGAAGGGUUGCUCAUGUUUGCUUUGACAAUCUCAGACAUUAUAGAAGAGUUUUGUCAAGCUGAAACUGUGAUAAUGGGGGAUGUUACCUAUGGAGCCUGUUGUGUUGACGAUCGAACAGCCAUAGCUCUAGGAGCUGACUUAAUGAUUCACUAUGGACAUUCAUGUUUAAUUCCAGUGGAUCAGACUAGUGGAAUCAAAAUGCUUUACAUUUUUGUUGAUAUAAAAUUUGAUUCACAACAUUUUAUUGAAACAAUUAAGCUUAACUUUGACAAAGAAACCAGAUUGUCAUUUGUGAGUACCAUUCAGUUUGUGGCCUCACUACAGAGCUUGGUGAUGCUGCUUAAGACUGAAGGAUAUAUUGCCAGUACACCCAAAUCUUCACCAUUGUCGCCAGGUGAAAUUCUGGGCUGUACGUCUCCUUCAAUAGACACAGACGUCAUCAUUUAUCUUGGAGACGGAAGAUUUCAUCUUGAAUCGGCAAUGAUAGCGAAUCCAGAUUGCAGAGCAUACAAGUACGAUCCGUACAACAAAGAAUUCACCCAAGAGUUUUAUGAACAUGACCAGAUGAAGACCAACAGAAAAGCAGCCAUAAACACAGCUACAAAAGCCUCUAGAUUUGGUUUAAUUUUAGGGACACUGGGCCGACAAGGAAGUCCAAAAGUGCUGAACGAAAUCAAAGAGAAAGUGCUGAAAUCGAACAAGGAAUUCGUUACCAUACUGAUGUCGGAAAUAUUUCCGUCCAAACUAGCGCUUAUGCCCAGCGUCGAUGCAUGGGUUCAAAUUGCAUGUCCAAGACUUUCGAUUGAUUGGGGUCUUGCUUUUGCCAAGCCACUUUUGACGCCUUACGAAAUCAAUGUGGCGCUGAAAGAGGUGGAAUGGAAGGAAACGUACCCCAUGGAUUUCUAUGCCUAUGAAAGUUUAGGAGCAUGGACACCCAAUUACAAACCAAAAUGUGAAAAGAAAAAAACUGUCGACAGAAAAUGAAUUUAGGUCCUCUUCUGCACUUACCUCUCGCACUUAUUUUCUUGGGAAAUGAGACCUAGGAACGCUAGGAUCACCCGACUGUACAGUCCUUC